AUGGGUCGAGGCAACGAUCAGAUUCGCUUCGAGCUGAGCUGCUACGCGCUCAGCCCAACGAUCCGCGUCAUCGCCCCGUGGCGCAUGGAAACGUUCUGCCAGCGAUUCCAGGGCCGCUCGGAUCUGCUGGAGUACGCGAAGCGCUCGAAUAUCCCGGUGAGUGCCACCACGAAAGCACCCUGGUCGAUGGAUGCGAACAUUAUGCACAUCAGCUACGAGUCGGGCAUCCUGGAGGACCCGUCGGUGGCGGCACCGGAAGAGCUGUACCAGCUAACGCAAUCGCCAACCCGCGCCCCAGACACACCGACCGUGGCCGAGAUCGUGUUCAAGGCCGGGCUGCCGGUGCGCGUCACCGAGCUGGUCAGUGGGCGAACGAUGGAAAGACCGGUGGACAUACUGGCGUUUCUGAACAAGGCCGGCGGCGAGCACGGCGUGGGACGGAUCGAUAUCGUGGAGAACCGGUACAUUGGGUUGAAGUCGCGCGGCGUCUACGAGACGCCCGGCGUAACCGUGCUGCACUGUGCGCACCGGGAUCUGGAAAUUUACUGCCUCGAUCGGGAGGUGCUGCGUAAAAAGUAUCUUGCCGAUCGGAUGGCAGACUACGUGUACAACGGCUACUGGUACGCGCCCGAGGCUGAGUACGUGCGCAAGUGCAUCCUCGAGUCGCAGAAGCACGUGUCCGGCAAGGUGGUGGUGGAAAUGUUCAAGGGACACGUUAUGGUCACAUCGCGAGAGUCUAUGCACUCCUUGUACAACCAAGAGCUGGCAUCGAUGGAGGUGCAUGGUAACUUUUCACCCUACUCGUCGACGGGAUUCAUUGAGAUCAAUGCCGUUCGACUGAGGGAACAUCAUCGAGUGUUUGGAACGGCCAAUAUGACCAAACACUUCUCACGCACGGAAUCAGAUAUGAAGCUCAUCUGAGUGUAAUGCACCUUCUACGAAAUCGUUUUUCCCCAAUAA